GCUCACACUACCGCUCACACGCACACGCACCAGCAGUGGGAGUGGAUGUUCGCGUAGCUGCUGGAAGCCAGGAUGGGAUAAUCAUGCGCGUCUGGCUCCGGGUGUCGAUGCAGCUGCCGUUGCUGUAUAGGAACCGGACUCGGGGCGCAGGGUGGGUCUAGCCUGCGGACUGGAGCUGUUUGGACUUGGCGUUAUCAAGCAUUCUUAGAAAGACGAGGGCGAUGGCCGUGAGAGGAGUUGGUGCAGCUCUCUGAAACACCCAGACAAGAUACAUCGAGCAUUUUCACCGAUGGAAGACAGGAUUCACCGAGAUUAAAAGCGCAGACCAGGGGUUGAGGGAUCCUGGGAAGGGAGGAACAGAGGCUCCGCCUCAGCAAAUCAUUUGUUUUUCUUCAGGGUAUUUUUUUAAGAUUUCAUUGAGCCAGGCGUUGAAACGGAGGAAAGAGUAGCGGAUCACAUUGAAUCCGUGACUGCCUCUGUGGAUCGUGCAGCAGCAGCCGCAUCCCACCGGUGGUGGUGGUGGAGGGGGGUUAUUUUGAUGGAGAGGGCGCAGUGAAGGCUGACAGAGCGGCUUGGCGCGUGUAGGAGGAGACGGGGGGAGAACCGGGCAGUUUGAAGGGACGGGGAGCGAGGAGCGGCGCGGCGGCUCCAUGAGCGGCUCCUGUCGGGAGAGAGCGCCCACAGCCCAUCCGGAGCGUCUCCACUGCCGCGGGUAGAACCCCGGGCCAAAGGACGGCGGUCAGUUUGGAAGUUUUGAUGCAUAUGAUCACAACCACCAUGAUUUUUAUGAUUCUUGGUGCUUCAGUUGUAAUGGCAAUAGCCUGUUUAAUGGACAUGAACGCACUACUGGACCGCUUUCACAACUACAUCUUACCGCAUCUACGAGGGGAGGACCGCGUAUGUCACUGCAACUGUGGAAGGCAUCAUGUCCACUACGUCAUCCCGUACGAUGGGGACCACUCUUUGGUGGACUCUUCAGAGAACUAUUUUGUGAGUGACAGUGUGACGAAGCAGGAGAUGGACUUGAUGCUGGGGCUGCUGUUGGGCUUUUGCAUCAGCUGGCUGCUGCUGUGGCUGGACGGAGUCCUGCACUGUGCCGUCAGGGCCUGGAGGGCGAGCCGGUACUACGAUACUCCAUCCUGGUCAUGGCUGCCCCAGUUCUGCAACCUUCGAGACCUCCGUCGCCGAGCUCAGCUCAGACAGCUGGAGGACUCAAGUGGCAACAUGGUCCACAUCAAGCAGAAGCUGUAUCACAACGGUCACCCCAGUCCCCGACACCUCUGACUCUAAAAAAAGGAUACCUUAACCCUUCCCUUCCCUUAAAACUUCUCCAUUUCAACAACACAACCGCUUCGUGCCAAACGUUCCCAUGGCCAAAUGUUGCCUGAGAGACCUGGAACCCCCCGUUUAUAACUUGUCCCACCUUAACCCAAUCAGACAGGACUUCCUUUUGACUUAACCCUGUCUCUGUCUGCACUUCAAAUGAAACCCCAAAAUGAAAAAGUGUAAUUGUUGCCACUUAAGUCCGCCUUUGUGAGAGGAAAAGGUAAAGUUUUUAAAGGUGUUUUUUUCUGUAUAGAGACAUUUUCUGUGUUUAUUGUUAAACUUGGCAUGCUCUCUUAGAACAGGGUAAGACUUUGGAUGUGUAAGGGCCGAGGUAGUUGAGGGUGUUUUCAUUUUUCUUUGUUGGGUGGGGUCUUGUGGGGUGGGGUGAAUGUGACUGCAGGGUGGGUGAGUCAGACUGCUGCUUCUGUAAAUAGGUAUGAAUACAGACAGGUGGAAUUUUACGAAAGGGGGAGGUGAGGGGGCUGGGGAUGACAUUAUUGUGUGAGUUAUUUAUUGAUAGAACACUGAUUACUGGACUGUGCGUAAAUAAAAAUAUAGAGAAGGAACAGAAGAUUGAGUCUGUUUGAAAACUGGAUGUGAAAAAUGUGAUUUCUGCUUAAAAACAGAUUAAUUAGCUUUGUUACUUAGUGAAUUAACUGAAUGUAUUAAUUUAUCCUGUAAAUACGUGAGAGGCAGGAGGGCACGAGUGGUUGUGGUCCGAGUUCUCUUUGCUAAAUUAUUAAUCUUUCUUUUACACUGGAAGAUAAAAAGUAAAUGCCAGCCAAAAUGUUCCCGUUAAACCACUUCCAUGCUUCCCGAGAGUUUUCUUUCUUCCCCUUCCCGUUUCACUUAUCAGGAGCAACCAGCCUAUCAGCAGAGGGAACCCUCACCCAGCACCACCUCCCCCUCCUUGCCCUCUCUGUCCAGUCAUUGCUGUUGUGAGGAUGAAAUGUCUGUUUUAUUAAAAGUGCUAUUGAAGCACAACAGUGA